UAUAGGCCACGCAGAGUCUUGUAGACGCCACUUAGCAACUUCAAAUACAAAAUAUUCGUUGCAUCAGAAGAUAAGUGUUCUUGAUACGGAUAGUUAAGUUAAGCGUAUUAUAGAAUAUACUAUUAAAUUAAAGCUCAAUAUUCGUUUCAAAAGCAGUUUGCCAAAACAGUUUAAGUGAAGGGCGUCGUGUACCAAUAACGACAAUGAAACUACAAACGUUGUUGUUUUCUUAUCUGACUACUUUAAAUUGCUUGAUGUGUGUGGAUGGCAGGGAUGACGAGACCAGCACUAAUCUUCAAAGCAGAUCAUCUGAGGGAUAUCCAUUACCUUAUGUUGGAGCAAUUAAGUUUCCAAUGUAUUCAGGAAAAGAGAUUGCUAUUGAAGGAGUUAUCCAAAACCAAGCUUCAUACUUCUCCGUGAAACUCUGCCAUACUGAUAUGUGUGACUACAACGUGCCUUUCAUAAUGUUAAUUGACUUCAUUGAUAACAUGCGGGUGAUGUCAUCCUAUUAUGAUUUCCCCUCUGAAGGAAUAGAAAAUACUGGAAAACUACCUUUCAAACAUGCACAGCAAUUUAGAAUUGAUUUAAAAAUUACAAACGAACUUUUUACGGUUUGGGUUGACGGAAAAAUGACUGACACUUUCAAAAAUGAAAUGCCCUUGGAAGAAAUUAUGUACGUGCAGGUCGACGGGCAAGCAGAGGUUAACUGGAUUCUAUUCUCAAAAAUGAACCCCGCCGGUAUGGAAAUAAUUGAAAGACGAAAUGGCGGUGAAAAAAUUGUAAUCUAUGGAUAUCCAACCAACGAUACUUACGGGUUUUCAUUCAACAUUAAAUGCGUACAAGAUGGAAGUAAAAAUAUUGUCGUCCACCUAAACAUAAGGUUUAACACAAGAGAAACUGUUAUUGACUAUUUUCAAAAAGGAGAAUGGGCUUUCAACUCUAUCGAUACUGUCUAUGACUAUUUUGACUUCAAAAUUAGAGAGCAGUUUAUUGUUCAGUUUUUAACAAGUCCAGGUUCAACUUUGGUUAAAAUAAACUCAAAAUUCGAAAAGAGGUUGGAUCACAAAAUGGACUGCUAUGAUCAUUUGGAUUUUGAUGGAGACGUGAGAGUGGAGAAAAUAUUGAUGUCAUAAACCGACAACAGAUCUUUACACUUGCACAUAUGAUGCAUUGUAUUUUAUGUAAUAGUAUUAUUUGUAGAAAAACUAAAAAUAAUUGUACACAUUUUAUUUAAAUAGUAAACAUAAUUACAAAAACAAUCUUAUAUUGAAAAAUGUAUUAUUGCCUAUUUGAUGUAAUCCAAUUUUUGAUUACUAAUUGACCAGGUGCAAUUUCAACUUUUUUUUUAAUUGGUAAGGACAAUUGUCGAUACUCUUUUGAAUUUCAAUUUUAAAAAUCAAAUUUAUUUAAAAAAUUAAAUGUUUU